UUCAAAGACGAGUGAGAGAAGAAAACAGUGAGGAGAAUAGUCAAAUCAAUAACCGGUGGCGCCGGUUGUUGGUCCAUAGACCCCUCCCCUUCCAUCAUUAACUCAUCAUCACUGCAAUUCCAUCUCUCUCUUCUCCUCCUCCUCUCUGUUCUGCGCCUGCAAAUUAGACGCUGAAGAAAUUUUUCUGCCUUCUGUGGAUUUCCGCGAGCUAAGUUGAUCUAAAACUCGCCCAAUUUCACUUCUGCUUCUCCACCGUUUCGAAUGGCUCGCUCGAAUGUGCCAAAAUUUGGCAACUGGGAAAACGACGACAACGUUCCCUACACCGUAUACUUCGAAAAGGCAAGGAAAAACAAAGGUGGGAAAAUUAUAAAUCCGAACGAUCCCAUGGAAAAUCCGGACAUGUUCCCAGACGCUGAAGCUCCGCCUCCAGCAAACCCCCGGUCCCUGCCCCGGCCCCAGCCAGACGAGGCUAACGGGAGGGGAGCAGCUGGGGUGAGGCCCCAACGUAGAGUGAGCAAAGAGGAAGACGUUGAUUCGCACAACUCUAGUGAAAAUCCAGGUACAAGGGCUCCAACUGAGUCGAGCUAUGCUGGGCGUGGCCAGAGGGCUGCACGCCCUGCCAGAGCCAGUGCAGGAUCCGAGCAGAGCUUCGACCGCUCACCUCUUCACCCCCAUCAUCAGGCGAAGCUUGCGGGAGGACGAGGCAGCGGGUCGCCCGCUUGGGAAGGGAAGAGCCAUGAUAGUAGCCAUGGCACCCCGGGGAGAUCCAAGCUGAGGCCAACUAGUCGAGGCGACGAGAGUCCCGAUAAAGGUGCAGCCGUGCCAAGAUUUGGCGAGUGGGAUGAAAACGACCCCCAGUCAGCUGAAAACUUCACGCACAUUUUCAACAAAGUGCGUGAAGAGAGGAACACCGGAGCCGGGAACGUCUCUGGGACUCCCAGGCAUAACACUUACGGCACGCCUGGGAGACAGAAGGACCAACCUAAGAAAUGUUGCUGCGGGUGGUGGUAGACGAGGAGGAAGAAAACUGAAGAGUUCAAAGUGAAUCGGUAUUGAUUGGAACAUAUGUGUGGAUUGGAUGGAUGAUGUAUUAUUUGAUUUUAUAUUGGUGUGAAAAAUAAAAGACGAAGUCUAUAAUUUGUUUUCUGCAUCAUCUAUAGUCGUCGUUGUUGCCUUAGUUUUGGUCUUUCUAGUGUCCAGUUUCUCCCACUUCUGUAGUUAUGCUAUAGAUUAUUUCAUUCUGAUUCUCUCGUUGUAAUGAAAUGUAUUUUUUGAGUUUGUAAGCACAUAAUUCAAUUA